GUUUACGCCAUCGACUUUGGUCUUGCUAAAAAGUAUAGGGACCUGCAGACUCACAAGCAUAUACCAUACAGAGCGAACAUACUAGGAUAGAUAGAAUCAGGAAUGAAGCUAUUUGGGACAAGGUGGGAGUGGACUCCAUAGUGGACAAGAUGCGGGAGCGAGACUGAGAUGAUUCGGCCAUAUGAAGAGUAAGAUGCAUAGAUGCCCCAGUGAGAAGGACGGGCCGAGGUACAUUACGUUAAGGGUG